CCUUAAGUUGAGUUGUCAUCUUCAAUAUGAAACGAUCAACGCCAAUUACAUAUUCAAUAAAUUCUUGGAAAAUUUGCAAGCUGCACGGAAAAACAACAAGCUAACGGCCCAUGUCAUUUAAAAGAUUAAAGUAGAUGUUUAAACGCAGAAAAAUGGGAUCAUUGUGAAAGUGAUGAAGUCGAGAGUAAAAUAUUCAAGAAUGUUACAUAUAUGUUCAAUUAAUUGACUUUAUUUAAAGUCUAGUGACUUCUCUUUUCCACAAGCUUUGCCACCGGACACCAGGCAGUCACAUUCUCUCUCCUCUCUCUCUCUCUCUCUCUUUCUAGACAUUGCAGAUCUUCAGAGGCGGUGACCUAACAAGAGAAUAAGCUUCUGCUAGAAAUGGGACUCUCCUUCAGAUCUCUGUUGAGAGUCACAACUCCCACAGUUUUGCUGUUUUUCUUGCUCUCUUGCUUCAGCUUCACUUCUACAGAAGCCUACGAUGCGCUUGAUCCUAAUGGCAAUAUCACAAUUAAGUGGGAUGUCAUCACUUGGACACCCGAUGGCUAUGUGGCUGUUGUGACGAUGUUCAACUUCCAACAAUACCGUCACAUUGCAGCACCUGGUUGGACUUUGGGAUGGACUUGGGCGAAGAAAGAAGUGAUUUGGAGCAUGAUGGGUGGUCAAACCACCGAGCAAGGAGAUUGCUCGAGAUAUAAAGGAAACAUUCCACAUUGUUGUAAGAAAGAUCCAACGGUGGUUGACUUAUUGCCUGGAACUCCUUAUAACCAACAAAUUGCAAAUUGUUGUAAAGGAGGGGUGAUUAAUUCAUGGGGGCAAGAUCCGAACAAUGCUGCAAGCUCUUUCCAGAUUAGUGUUGGUGCAGCCGGAACUACCAAUAAAACAGUUAGGGUGCCCAAGAAUUUCACACUUAAAGCACCAGGGCCCGGUUAUACUUGUGGACCUGCGAAAAUCGUGAAACCUACUAAAUUUGUCACCUCGGAUGGAAGAAGAACGACACAAGCAAUGAUGACAUGGAACGUGACAUGCACGUAUUCGCAGUUUCUUGCUCAAAAAACUCCAUCAUGUUGUGUUUCACUAUCAUCUUUUUACAAUGACACAAUCGUCCCUUGCCCUACAUGUACCUGUGGUUGCCAAAACAACCUUACUCAGCCAGGAAGCUGCGUGAACCCGGAGUCACCAUACAUUGCCUCAGUUGUUUCUGCUCGGGAAAAGAGUAAUAACUUGUCGCCUCUUGUCCAAUGUACCAGUCAUAUGUGCCCGAUUCGUGUCCAUUGGCACGUGAAGCUGAACUACAAGGAUUAUUGGCGGGUGAAGGUCACGAUAACGAACUUCAAUUACAGGAUGAAUUAUAGCCAGUGGAACUUAGUUGUCCAACACCCCAACUUUGACAAUCUUACACAGAUAUUCAGCUUCAACUACAAGCCACUAAAUCCAUACCAAAACAUAAAUGACACUGCAAUGUUAUAUGGUGUGAAAUUCUACAAUGACUUUCUCGAGCAAGCCGGGCAUAAUGGAAACGUUCAGUCGGAGCUUCUAUUCCGAAAGGACAAAUCUACUUUCACAUUUGAGAAGGGAUGGGGUUUCCCUAGAAGAAUCUACUUCAAUGGUGAUAACUGCGUCAUGCCACCUCCGGAUGCAUAUCCAUAUCUACCAAACGCCAGUUUACGACAAAAUGUCUCCCUGCUGAUGCUAUUCAUCACUCUGUUCGUAUCUAUCGCGUUCCACUUCUCAUAUGUCUGAGAAUCUUCCGUCUUCAACAGCAGUUUGUUGUGGAAGUCCAAGAAGAUCAACCAACUCAAAUUCUUCGUCCCUGUGUCGUUUCGACAUAUUCACGCAAUACAGGUGCACAAAAUCUGCGACGAGCAUAAGAUUUCUAACUGUAAUUGUUGGUGGAUCCUGUCUACUUAUUUCCUGUGGUGUUCAUGUUCAUAAAUUUUUGAUAGAAAUGUAACAAGACGAGAACAAUUUGAUACAUUGCUCUGCAAUUAAAUUAUCUCUUUUCAGCCUACUUAA